AUAAUAUUGUAAUGUUUACAUUUUUUGGCAGUUUUGGUAUUUUUUGCAUGUUUGCCUGCUCACAGGCUAAUUUAUUCAUUCAACCCCAGGUCUCCAGGGAAUCAGUGUGGUAAAAUAUAUAAUUUUACAGAUACUGUAAUUGACAUUGGGCAGUUUUUGAUUGAAAAUAAAUAUUUAGUUACCACAUAUAAUACAGAUGAAUGUGAAACUACAACAAUUUGUACUCCUUGGGUUCAGUGAUAUUGCUGCGGCAGGUUGUCGGGCUCUACUUGGUGUUGACUUACACUACCAUACUGAUGCAGAGAAAUUGAACCAGCAAAUACCAAAUCGUGAUAGUACCAGCUUCCUAGAUCUUGGCUUUGUCAGCUGCAAGGGGGAAACUGAAUUCGACAAUGCAUUUAGUCCCUUGCAAAUUAUAAACAUUCCAUCAAAGAAUGUUUCCCUAGUUAUCUUGAAUUGUCAACCAUCCUCGGACAUCUCUAGCCAAUUGAUAAACUGGAUUAUGAAUUUAUUGGCAAAAAAUCAUGUUGAAAGCUUGCAUAUCCUGACAGCCCUCCCCAUUGCCGAAUCAGGAACUGAUGUAAUAUAUGAAAUGUCCAUGUUUCAAGAAAAGUCAAAAGGCUAUCCUGACCCGCCAACAGAAAUGAAAACAUCAGAUGAUAUUUUUAAUAAGUUAAUACAGUUUAUUCAUGUGGUGAAAAUUCCAACGUCAUGUUUUGUGGUGAGUGGAAGGAAAGCAAGGCAAGGCAUUGCAAGCAGGGAAGAGCUGGCAAGUAUUCAAGUGUUGCAAACUUUAGCUGAAGAACUAACAGGGAUUAAGUUUAACAUCCUUACAAGCAGGGAGUUGGUUUAUUCUGAACUUGAGGAAACUCAUGUAAACAAGGAAGUUAAAUCAAUGUAUCUGUAGUUAUUAUCAAUAGCGUAGCCAGCACUCCCAACGAUUUAGUCCGGCUAUGCAUUUAUCUUUUCGUUUUCAUUGACUGUGUAAACAAUCAAUUUCUCAAAAAAUAUGAAUAAUGAUAAUAAUUUUGAAUUUGCAUAGUGGGACUAUUAAAAUUGUCGGGCUGGCUACUUAUGCUACUGGUUAUUAGUAAGUGUAAUCACUAUAGAUUUUUGUUUAAAUGCAUAGAUCACAAGUACAACAGCAAUUAUAAUGAUUCUGUCAAUCUGGCUGUUUAAUUUUGUAUAAAACGAUGUGUUUGGCUGUUUUUACAUUGGUUGAGGCAUAACAAACCAUAUUGAACAUCAGCUAGGCCAUAUAUCAUGAUCUUAAAUUGCUCCAACCUGCAUCGACGUUGAACUGAUUUGUAAAGAGACUGGAUAUGUAUAGAAAAAAUUCCUCCCCUUAUUUUUAAAAUAUCAACAUAGUAGGGAUCAGUGCAGUUAUAUAUUCACAGAUCAAUGGCUCCAACAUAACCUGCCCUAGCUAUCAAUCAUUUAUGAAAUCAAGUAUAUGGCAGUAUACUUACUAUACUAUUGUUGUGGUCAGUGGCUUGGACAUAUUAAACCAACUAUUAAUAAGAGGAUCAGCUAUGUUUUUGUCUUGGGUUUAUGCAAAAAAAUUGUUGAUUCAUUGUCACAUGUGUAUUGUAUUUUCACCCAUCGAUAGCAUAAUUGUGUUGAUCUAAAGCAAAAAUAUUAUACACAUGUGAUGAUGAUCGAACCAAC